AUGGCGAUUCCUCCCCCUCUUCCUGAUGGACAGCAUCCCGAUCCUGCCUCUGUUCCAGAAGCAGCACCAGAGGCAGGUCCAUCUACACCUAAAUAUCACCUCAGUCAAACAUUGUCAGCUCAUAGUCGAGCUGUAACCGCUUUGAGGUUUUCGAAUGAUGGAGAGACGUUGGUCAGUGCAGGCGCAGAUGGGUAUCUACAUUUCUGGAACGCACAUUCCGGUGAAUACCUAAGAGGUUUUCGGGCCCAUAAGACAGGUAUAAACGACAUAUCCAUAUCUCCCGAUUCUCUGUACAUCUCAACAGCUUCCGAUGAUAACACCUCCCUUAUAUUCCCGCUUCAUCCUCCACCUGUUCCUCGGCCCCAGAAUGCGAACGAACCUCUCAAAACAUUAAUUGGGCAUACAGCACCAGUCUUAUCUAUAUCAUUCUCGCCCAAAUCGAAUUUACUAGUAACAGGCAGUUUCGACGAAUCAGCUAUAAUUUGGGAUGUGAGAAGAGGGAAGAUAUUGAGGAAUCUGCCGGCUCAUGCGGAUGCGAUUUGGUGUGUUGGGUGGGACCAUGAGGGCGCGAUGGUUCUAACGGCUAGUGCGGAUGGUUUGAUUCGACUAUGGGACGUAAACAGUGGACAGUGCCUGAAAACACUCGAUAACGAUACCAACUCGCCUGUCUCAUACGCCUCUUUCACCCCUUCGUCAUAUUUCCUACUUUCCUCCACGCUCUCAUCGACAUUGAGGAUAUACAACAUCCAUACAUCCAAGGUUCUCAAAACCAUACAGGCUCCGGGGGUUUAUAUAAGUGAGAAAUAUCCUUGUCCCGCCAUAAUAUUCGAAUCUCCACCUGUGUCGCAAGAACAAGAACAAGAUCAAGAUCAGGAUGGGAUGGAUAUAGACCAUAAUGAUAAUGGUAUCACAAAUGGUAAUAUGAAGAAGAGCAAAGAAUCGAAUCCAGCUUUGAUAGUAGCCGGAUCGGAAAAUGGCAAAAUCGUCAUAUGGGAUUUACAAUCCAAGAAUGUCUGUCAGGUAUUACAGGGACAUUUGAAUACGGUCGUCGCGAUUGCUGUACACCCGAAUGGACGUAUAAUAGCUAGCGGAAGUCUGGAACCUGAGAAGAGUAUAAGGGUAUGGAGAGUUGAUUGA